AAGUAUUGUUGAUAGCUGUGUUGCUUUUGCUUCUUGCUCCUUGGUAAGUGCGUUGAUUUUACACCAACAUAUAGAUUAAAGUAAAUUUAAACCCCCGCCUAUAGUUAACCAACUAUAUAUUUCGUGUUCUCGUGUCACAUGUGUGAGACCAAUUGUAGAGUACUGUACAUGCUCAACUGUGGCACUAUAUAGCAUUCCUGGUGAUUACAACAGUUAAGACUUGAACUAAAACGGUUGACGCAAUUAAGAAUUUUUUGUUAGAAAAUCGUCAAAGACUUCCUAUAAGUCACCAUUCGCGAACAGCGCGGUAAGUCUAAUUAGUUAUCCUUGUAUUUUGUACUAGCUCAUAGGUAAUACCUUUGCAAAUGAUAAACACUAUAACUCUCCACCAAUAGGCAAUUCCAGACUAAAUUUUGAUCUGGGCAAGAAGAACAAAAUCCAUCACCACAGCUAGAAAGAGCAUGUUAGAAUUAGUAAAAUUGCAAAGUUUGGUUGAGAAAUGUUAUAAAAUGAGGAAAAGAUGGCCCUGCGAAAUUUGCAAAUUUUGUAUUAAUUUGCAUGUUUUACGCACGGUUUCAUGCACCACUUUUGGCCCAAAUGUGGUGCAUUUUCCCGCGCGUAUAGAAUACAAGUUAAUGCAAAAUUUGAAAACUUCGCAGGGCUAUCUAUUUUCCGCAUUUUACAGCAUUUCGCGGCCAAACUACUAAUUUUAACAUGCUCUUUCUAUCUGUGAUGAUGGAUUUUGUUCUUCUUUCCUAGAUCGAAAUUUAGUCUAUGGCUGGAAUUAUAAAAUCACCACCAAUCUCUGUAGUUUGUAUAGCUCACCAUGUAGAGUAGUGGACUAGAUUUCUGGGGCCGGUUGUAUACGAAAGCUGGAUAAAACGCUGUCCGGUGGUUCUAGGAACGUCUGGUUUUUAAGCCUAUUAGAAACGUAAAAGAUUUGAACGCCUAUAGGUAUAUUAUAAUUGCGUAGUUUUUGUACGAAUAACUGAGACGUUGUAUAUAAUAUGUUCUCAUACUUGAAAACGAAAUUCUUGUACACAGACCUUCAUUGCCUCACAAUGAAACUAUAUGCAGGUUCUAUAAAAAAGUUCUACCUCUUAAAACAAUGCACUUCACAAUAUAAUUGUGACUUCUUUUAUAUAAAAAAGAACUUUAGUUUCGUAUAUACGUCAGGCAGCAACGAUGUUGGCUUCGCGCCCUUGAUCAUGCAAGCGUCACAUUCUUGGAAUGCUUGUAGAAUAUUCAAAAAAAAAUUUUGAUAAUGCAUAAGUUUUAAAAAGCCAUAGUACACUUGCCAUGGCAGAUGUAUACCAUGGUAUUUUAAAGCUCGGCUUCAUCACCAAUUAAUGUUUUAUACUGCAGCUUGACCAACAAUAACACGACGCGUAGCCUAGGGAACUUGAUAGUGGGCCUGCAACCAUCGCCCGGUAUUUUGAAAUACGCCCCUUUUCAUAACACGCCCCAUUCGCGCGUCAAUUGUCAAAAAAGAACCAAUGACAGCACCCAAAUAUUAACAAACAAACUCGCAUUAAAAUGUUGCGGGGUUUUCUCUGCUUAUUCAGAACACUAAUAAACAAUGUGUAAAUGGCUGCGUUUUAACUCCAAAAAAGCAAGCAACGCGGUCAGUAAUUGCCAAAUUUGCAAGUGCUCAUUUUCAACUAAAAUCGGAACAGGCAAAUUAGGACGAAAUUCAACAGAAAACCAGUCUCAAACUUCAAAUCAUGAGGGAAGUCGGGCGACCACAUUAGGAUUUAUAUUAUGUGUGCUUCGCUGUCGCCAUUGGCAUUGUUAUAAAUAAAUUGUCUCACUUAUCAGAUCGUGUGUGCAAUUCUUGUUGGCGGCGGAAAGUACGAAAUUUAUUUCAUUUGGUAAAGAACUCUACAAAAGAAGAGAGCGUUCCGAGUCCAGAUCGUUUCGUUUCAAACGGCAAUUUAAUACCGCCUUCUGUUUCGCUCUCUCUGCGAAGCCUUGUAAAUCGCAAAGUGUUUCGAAUAGGCUUACAGUUCUUACAUGCAACUGCAUCUCAACAUCAACCAAAAGAUAAUUUUCUUGAGGAAGUGAGAACACAUAACGUAUCAACUGAAGUCUGUUUGAAAUUAAUGAAACUCAAGUAAAGGUUACUAUAGUUUACCCCAGUCGUAAUGUUGCUAUUCCAACACCUCACGACAAGCAAUCCCCAUUGGCAUAACGGCAAAAACAUGUCUUCCUUCAAGUAAACAAUAAACAGUCUGUUCUUGUUCCAUUUGUAAUCGAAAAAAGUGAUCAAUUUUCAAAUUUUAAGCUUAUCGACAGCCUUUGUCUAUGCCUUUGUGAUGAAUCACUGUUCCCUUGUGCCUGCACAAUGGGCUAGGUUAAUUAAUUACCGAUCGCCUCAGCUAGCCAAUGGGAAUUUAGCCGGCGGUUCGGCCGGCGAAAAUCGAAAACAUGGGGCGAUGGUUGCAGGCCCACUACCAAGUUCCCUUGGGCCUGCACGCAGGCUACACGACGCGGAAUUACAAGAAGCGACACAGAUAAGAACCUUAAUCAAAUUCACAAUACCAUUUGCAAAGACUGUUACUUUCCAGAUUUCUUAGGCCUACUUUAUUAGAGCUAGUAAGACCGAUUGAACAUUUUAAGUUGCGACCUUCAUCAUAGAGAUAUUGGACUGCAUGCUUCUAAAUAAGGCUUACGAGAACGCGCUAUGCAACACACGCUAUGCAACACAUGCAGGCUUAUGAGAACGCGCUAUGCAACACAUACAGUUGUAAUGAUCCUCGUACAUGGAAAUCUAGCUGUAUUGGAAAGUGUAUUAAGAUGUUAUUAGUUGUCUGAUGUGCUUUUGUAAGUUUGUUACACUGUCUAGAUUAAUGCUAAUGUAAUUAUGUAAAAUGGCGUAUAUUCCCUGGCACUAUAUACAUGUUGUAUUUUUGUUGGUCGCCGAAUCUCAUUAAAUCGUUAAAUCGCCAUUUUUCUACAAUUCACUCCUUAAUUUCUGGAAAAUUGUAAGCCAUGGCCAAGGGGUUAUUCCUCAAACACUUACAGUAAUCACUGUUUAUCAUUUUCUAUUUCAAUCCGUUAAGAGUAUUUUAGGAUAUUAAAGUUUCGACAUGGUAGAAUGGCGAGCAUGUUCACAUUUCUUUGCAACUAGUUUUGAGUGAUUUAGAUAAUGUGGCUUAUAGUCUCUGUCAUUACAUGACAACUGACAAGGUAAAUUGCCUCGUGAGAAAAGUAAAAUUCCCGGCUUAGCCAUAUAAACUGUAAUAUCCUAAUACACUUUACAUAGUAUGAGAUCGCCCAUUUCUAGUACCUCAUUUCCAAACUUGGCACUUUGGCAUUUCCACCCCUAUGACAUUAAUGAACGUUUUUCCUAUGUUUAACUCUAUCUAUCUUUGCCUGUCUGAAGCAGACAUUGACAGUACUUUUUACCUUAUUCGAUGCUUGUUUCAUAUAUUUUGUUGUAUUUGCUGCAGUUUUCUGUAUAUUUGUAUUAAUAUAUUCUGUAAUGUGAUUUACAUUUUUUGUUUAUACUUUUUGUUUUGACCAAAUGCAUCUGAUUGGUUUAUUUUUUUGCAAUGUGAUCGCUUUUAUAUUCUUAGUCUAAACCUCAUGUACUUAUCCCGAACCCCGAUAGUAACUCCAGAGGAAGGGCCUUCGACCGAAACAUCGAAAUUCUCCUUAUAUUUUUCAGGUAGUUGCAUCCCUUUGGGGGGGCAAGAUAGGAUUUUUAAAAAGCUACUGCUAUUUGCCUAUGCCGUUGUCACAGGACUUUCGCCCCCCCCCCCAGGAGAUUCGCCCCCCUCUCAAAAGGGGAGCGAUAUUCCUAGGAAUAUCGCCCCCCGGGGGGGGGAGAAUACCCUAGGAAUAUCGCCCCCAUUUAGGAUAUUCGCCCCCCAUAUGUGCGAUGUGGUUUAUUCAAAUAAUUUCGUGAUACUUUCAUCUUAUUAGUGCCUUACACGUUUGAGAAUUUAACUCUGCAAAACUAAAGCUUUUUUUGUCUAUUUUGAAACGUAUUAUUGGAGUAUUGGCAAGUUUUACCAUUCAGAAAUUUACAAACUAAUAUUGAAACUGUAAAAAACAGUUCAAAUUUUCGAACUGUGCAGUUUUUUGAUACACCGUGCAGAGUCCAUCUCGUUGAGACAAGCGUAAUUUGAUCAAAGGAAUUGUUUUGUUUUAAACUGUUACAGUCAAACCGGAUGUUCUGUAUAUAUUCAGGGAAUAUUGCAAUAUUGUUGGGAAUAUUGCAAUUUUGAUUGCGAGAUUGCUUUGAGCCAGUUGCAACCGACGUGAAAUUCACAACCAGAUUUGUAAAAAAAGUCUCUGAUUGGCUACUAGUAGCAAAGAAGAACCAAUGAAAUACUCUGAGCAAAUGGAUUGGUUCUUCUUUGCUACUAGUAGCCAAUCAAAGACUUUGUUUACAAAUCUGGUUGUGAAUUUCAACUUGCAAUUUGAUCACGUCGGUUGUAACUUCCUCAGAGCAAUCUCGCAAUCAAAAUUGCAAUUGAACAGAACAUCCGGUUUGACUGUAAAUUAUUAAUCUUUAGAAGAUUAAUACUUUAUUUAUGUUAAAAGAUUCAUAAUCUAUAUUUAGGCUGAUGUGAAAGAUUGAUUUUGAAGAAACGCAUCAUAAGUCUUCACUUGGUAAAUCAAACCAACACGUCCUUCAGCCUUCUAAUAGAUAAAUCCUUUGUAAUUAUCCUGGAUCUUGUAAGGAAUGGCCAUCCUUAAACGGAAAGUGUACUUCAAGUUAUUUUUGGUUUCUGGAGCGAUUUUUACCUUAUACGGCUUCGCCUGGCUAAAAGCUGUUUUGAAUAACCGUUAUGACGCCCCACAUCAGAAGGAGGAAUCAGGUAUCCAUGUAAUAAGUAACUAUCCCUUGAUGACUGAAAAACCUUGGAACGAAACCAAACAGAGACCAAUAUAUCCAGACUAUUGCAACGACAGGAAGAACUAGAAGAAACAUUACAGAAAAAUCUCAACCACACUUUAGUCACAGCUGUUCAUCUUCUCGUUAGUCAACCAUCAGCCGAACAAAGAUUGAACGAACAAAAUUUUCACAACAAACACAAAAUAUUUGUACAUCGCAUCAACGCCUUGCCGAAAUACAGAGAUUUCUUCGAUUACGUAAACGACAGGCUCCAAAAUCGGUUUGUGGUUAUGAUGAACAUGGAUAUUUAUCUUGGCGAAGGAUUUGAAAUGAUAAAUAAAACAUUUCUAGUAAAAAGUAAUAUAUCUUACAUUUUAACACGCCAUGGACGUCAGGAAAAAAGAUGCAAUAUGGGCGGAAAACUUGGGUAUUGUGGAGUAAGCUAUUUUGGUUCGCACGAUACCUACAUUUUUGUGCUUACACAACCUUUAGACGAGUCUGUUCUGGCGGAGUUGGAUUAUGAUAUGAAUGUCCUUGGAGCGGAAAACAAACUGAUUUGGGUAUUAAGGAACAAGAUGAAAAGGAGACUUCUCAAUCCGUGUGAAUACUUGAAGACAUACCACAACCACUGUGUUGAUAUACAUGGUAGUGUAAGACCACGAAUAAAUAAGCAUAGGUAUAAAGGUAGUGGGGUAGCACCUAGUGGGUUGUAUGAAUGACAUGAAUUGCCUGUUACCGAAAAGAACAAUAAUUCCCUUCUAAAGGAAAUAAUUUAGGUAAAAGCUUCUACUACGAACAUAAUUUAUUUUAUAGUAUAGUACAUGUGUAAUAUAUAGCCAGGGUUCGUACAAAACUUGAAAGGCCUUGAAUGUCCUUGAAUUUGUAAAGAAGUGCUUGAAUGUCCUUGAAUUCUUCUUGCUUUAGUUUUUGGAUAUUUUCUGAAAUUGUUUGACAUUCAAGACGGACAUUUUUGUUGAACUGAUUUUGCAUGUUCAUAUCUGACCUCCUUAUAAAGUUACGUUUUGAACAAUUCAACGUCAGAUUUUGCUGAUUUCUAACGCCUUCUUCUUCAAUAUUUAGUCCUUGAAUUUGCUGAUACAUGUCCUUGAAAAGUCCUUGAAUUUGACUCUUCCUGACAUGUACGAACCCUGAUAUAACGUUUUGGAUCAUCCUCGUCCCCAGGUCCUAGGACAUGGGACACACCGAACCGGAAGUGCAAGACAACUUGCAGUAGUUUCUAAAGCGCAUGCUCUUGAAUUGUGUUGGCAUAUGUUGAUAGAAUAAUUUUGGCUAGCGAAAAUAUAAAGCAUUGUUUCGCAGAACGAAGGAAGCGAUAUCGUUGUUGCGACAUUUCUGGUAAUUAAGUUUGUUCAUAUUUUUUCAUUGCACGAGAGCUGACGAAUUUCUAUUUUUUAUUUUUUCACCUCGCGAGGAAAAAAUCUAAGACGCUGAGAUGUGGUGUGCGGUGG